AUGACCUCGCUAUCCGUUUCAUCUCUACUUAAUCAUUCCAAGAUUAAGGGUUGCUUUACAAUCCCUUCCCUAUUAUCAUCAUCACAUCCAAUUACUAAGGAUGUAACUCAAAAUCAAAAUGAUAAAAUAGUAGAUCGAAUUCAGCACAGUCGUCUCGUGCUUCUAACAGAUAACUCAAUCCAUUUAUAUUCAAUAAAAUGGGAUAAUACUCAUAAUAGGGAAAGCACAACUACUUUUGAAAUAAUAAAAGAAAUUUGGAAUUUUUGUUUAACAAACAUUAUAUGUGGCGACAAUAACGCGAAAGCUACCUCUGAUUUAAUUACAAACUUUAUUUUAAUCGAUAAGCAAUUCCUGGUGAUUAUAAACUCAUAUAACGACUUGCUAAUAUUUGAUCUAUUAUCGCCAAAUAGUACAAUAGAACCUGUAAUAGCACCCAACCAACUAGAGGAACAUGACUAUUACUAUGAUUUAAUAAGUAUAACUGAAAUUAGCCCCUAUAGUGUUGCCCUUGUAUAUGGCAAAUCUGAGAAAUCUGUAUUGUAUGAUAUAUCUUGUUCACCAAACAUCUUUAUUCAAAAAAUUUAUAAAUCUGACUUUAAAAAAAUAGUUUUAGAUGUAUUACAAGAAGCUCCUAAGGGCAAUAUGAAGAAAAAGACACCCGGUAUAAAGUUACUGAACCGUUUCUUAAUGGGAAAACUGCCAAGUAAAAAGAGUACAAAUCCAAUAUUUAAAACAAUUUUUGUUUCAAAUAAAUAUUUAGAUUGUAAAUUUAUUAAACUUUAUAAAUUUCCUUUGCAAAUAUAUAAAGGGCUGGUACUCAUAACAACAUCAAAAUUUUCAGGUUCGUAUAUUAAGGAUCAAUAUCAUCAAUCAGAUAGCACUGCAAGAAACAACGAUAGCAAGGACUAUUCUUUCCAUAUUCUAUCGUUAGAUGAUACAGUCCCGUCAGAUAAUUAUAGAAUAUUCUGCUCUAAUGAUGAUAAUAUUACAGAAAAAAACUUUUUCUCAUACAACAAUGAUGUCAUUGCUGAUCAAUCUGUUGAUAAACUUGGAUAUUGUGGGUUGUUUACUAAGGAAACAAUUUUUUUUUUCAUAAAUUAUAAUCCUGAUAGUGACAUAAGUCGGCCACCCCUUCAAUUUUUUUAUGAGGUCCCAUUAACUGCAACAAUCUCGGAUGGGGUUGAUAAUUGCAUUUUUGCACCAACCAGUAAGGAAGUUGUAUUUGUCAAAAUAAUUACUGCUGAAUUAUUUGAAAACAAGCAUCAACGGGAAAGAGGGUUAGGUCUAAAUGAAGAAGACGAAAGUAGUAAUUUGAGCGCAGCAGAUCCUGAAGAAUCACUGAUUCGGGCUUGUGAAAUGCUUGUAUUGUUCAACGAUGGAAACGUUUAUAAAUUCAAGUUCAAAAUUGGGACUUCCAACACCACUAGGGGGAAUGGAAAUAAAGUUGAUUUGCUCAGUUAUGCAGUUUUUAAACGGCAUGAAUUCGAUGGGGUUGUGGAUAAUUGGCAACUAGUUACCUGCUUCAUUGAAAAGUGUUCGUAUCCAUCUACGAAUAAACUUAGUUUCGAUAUUAUGGGGGAAUAUGCCUCUCUGCCAUCUCACACACUGCUUUUGAAUGAAUCCAAAGGGUUAUAUUUUAUGGAUAACUCUUCGCUGUGCAUUUGUUCCAAGCCAUUGAUGAAGUUCAAUGAUUAUGAAAAUUGUAAUGUUGAUUUUGCCGCUACUCGUUUUCAAAAUACCAUGUAUCUAGACGCAUUGUUGGAUACCCAAACAGUGUUUUCAAACCUGGUUACUUGUGGUGUUAUUUCAUAUAAUGCACUAGAAAAUAUUAAAAAAGGUGUUAUUAAAUCUUACUCAGAUGUGUUACCCAUCUCUUCUGUUAAUGUAAUGGAAAAAGAGGGUAACCGUUUUACUCAAAGUCGUAUUAAUAACAGUAACAUUAACACUGUGGAUGAUUUUUGGAUAAAUGAGGAGGGUGACAUUUGUUUUUAUGACAGAACAAACAAAAAAUUGUUCACAAAUAAUCUGGAAAAUUUUAUCAGAAUACCAGAAAAUGCGCUCGUCACAAAAUUUAGGUUCCCACCUUUUAUAGAGAUUAAAGAUCCAAGUGUUGAUGUAUUACUUUGUGAUAGCAAAAAACUUUGUCAUAGUGAUGCUGCUUUCGUGGUUGCUUACUUGACUAAAAAUGGAGAACUAUGCCAAUUUUUUACUACUGAUUUCAAGGACAGAAAUAAAGGUGAUUUUUCACGUUUAAAAUUCUGUUCUAAAAGUGAAUUGGUGUCUGCAAAACUAAUUCAAAAUACCAUGUUCAUGGAAAUAUUAAUUUUAAAUGAACUAGUAUCGACAUUGAGAAGUAUUUACAUAUUCGUUGUCUUUAACAAAAAAGUGUACGUUAUUAAAAAUAUGAAAGAGCUGAAAACUUUUAGUCUUCCCGAACACACUGAGUCAAACGUAUCAGCUAUUACAGUAGCAGCAGCAACGGGUGUUUCAAAUCACAUAUUGUUGAUUGGUAUGACUGAUGGGCAAAUGUUAAAAAUGGAUUUCUGUAGUGGUGAAAUAAUAGACGCAGAAAGUGGAAAAUACUAUGCCUUAAACUCACCAAUUCGGUUCUCUAAAAGAAUAGUAAAUAACACACAGGACAAUUCAGACAUUAUAAUUAUUUCGAGAAACAUUGUUUACCAUUAUAAAUAUAAAAAAGUUAUACCGUUGCCGAACUUGGAUUUUAUAUCAAUUGUCAAAGUUACCGCUGGUAAUGACAAUAGACAGGAUAAAUGGAUUGGAAUUUAUAGAGAUAUUAUAGACAAAGCCAAUUCAAUAAAUAUUAUUGAAUUUGAGCUUGAACAAUCAUUACAGGAUAUGAAAUCAAAUACCUGGAGCAGAAAUUAUGAAUUGAAUAACAUUCCCAUUAAGAUGUUGAAGUUGAAUUCCAUUUCAUCAAGGUAUGUCAUACUCAUUACGAAUAGUAUUACUAGUUUGAAUCAUUCCGGUAGAUCUGAUUUGCGGUUAUUUGAUAUUAUUUUGAACCAAGUAGUUUUCACUUUCAACGAUUUUCCUCCAGGCUCAAUCAUAACAGGCAUCUCAGAAAUACUAGUAGAACGUGAAUCGCAUACAAUUAAAGUAACCUCAAUAAACCAAGUUUUAAGAAAAUGUUUUAUAGUAUCUCUAAACUAUGAAUCCCUGGAGCAACAAUAUCAAUCGCAGAAAAGGCCGGAUGGGCUACCAAAUUUGUGGUUAUUUUCGUUAGAUGAAGUAACUGGUACGUUACAUUUACAAUUAAAGUAUAAUACCGGUUAUAAUAUUUCAAAUAUCAGUUGCUAUUUUACUAAUGGUAUUACAGAAGUAGGUAUGGGCAGCCAUAAUAGUACAAAUAGGGGCAAUUGUUUAAUAACCAUUGGUGACUACCUCUGCAUAUGGAAAAUUAAUUAUCUAGCAUCAGAGCAUAAAUUUGAAAUUGUCAAAAUUUCCAAAAUGCUGCCAUUGAAUAUUACCGGAACAAGCUAUUUUAAAAAAAUUAUAACUGAUCUGCCAAGUUCUUCAUUAAUUCCUCCUAAAGCCAUUAAAGGGACAAAAAAAGGGAAAAAAUUAAGACUUGAUAACAUUAUAAAUUUUCAAUACUUUGGAAUGAUUGAUCCAUUCAAGGAGCAUAUUCAGUUGUUACAAAUUAAUGAAAACGUUGGUAAUAACACUGACCAAUGUUUACUUGAUUUUACAUAUUGCACUUCCACUGAACAGGAAGAAUUGUUCAAUAAGAUUAAUCCAUUGAUAAAUUCAGUAAACACCUUUAGUGGUGUUGGCAAUACUAUAGUAUUGGGUGACGCUUGGGGUAUGGCAAUAGUCAAAAAUCGUAAUGAGUUACAUGUUUUUAAGAAAAUUGACGAACGUGCAGAAAGGAUAUAUGAAGAAGCACAUACAGUCAGCGAGGAACAGAAAGUAUUAAGUGGGAUGGAACAUACUAAAAUUGAACAUUUCGAUAACUAUGUCCAAUUGAAUUUUUCUUCAAGAAUAAUUGCUGUAACUCCUGCAAAAGUUGAUAUAUUGCAGCAUUUUUUAGCCUAUUACGAUCCUGGGAAAUUAACUAGCGAUGAUCGUGAUUUACUACAAGGUUUUUUUUUAGUGCAUACUCUGAAUGGCAAUUUGUAUCUUAUUUAUCAGGAGUAG